AUGAUCCAAAGGUCAGAAACAGAAACUAGUGCGAGGGCCAGGGUGUUUUCCCCCAGGGUUGGGGUCAAUUCCCUUUUGAUUCCAGUCAAAUUUUUAAAAAUGAACCCAAACCCCAAAUUUAAAAAUUCCCCUUUACUAAUUGGAAAAACCCUGGAAGGAGAAUUGGGAAUUUGGGAAAAAAUUUAAAGGGCUUCUGAAUUUAUGGAAUUAAAUGGAAUUGACCCCCAACCUUUGGGGACCCCCUCCAGGGACCCCCCCUGUUCCUGACAAAACAUUUUAAAAAAAGGUUUUUAAAAUGAUUUUACCAAAAAUCAAAAAAAUAAAAAUAUUUGACCACGUAAAACAUGGCCCAAAAAAUAUACAGUGCAAUAUAUUAUUUGAUUUCAUUUUUAAAACCUGGAAUUUGGGUUUGGGGGUGUUGCUUUUUUUUUAUAAAAACAAUGAACGCGGGUUUUCGUGGUUUCCCCCUUUAGGGCCCCCCCGGCCGGGAAAGGCAGGCCGGGUGGUUUGGGGGCUGCUUUUCUGGGAGGGGGGGCCCGGGUCAUUUAUUUUUUUUAGUAAGGGGUUUUUAGUUUAAAAAAAUACUAAUAGUCCAAUUCCCUUUCAGCACCAAAAAAACAUGAUUUUUACAAUAAAUUUAAAAGAAAACAGAUUGUUUUUGCCAGGCCUUUUUAAUUUUUCAGAGUGAAUUUUUUUAAACGUCUCACAGCCCAAAAGAAUUUUAAAGGGGGUUUUUAAAAAAGUAUUUUUAAGUAGGCCCCAAUUUUUUUUUUGGCCAAGUUUCCCAAAAAUUUUAAAAAAAAGUGGGAAAACCCCCAAAUUUUAAAGGAAACUCCAAAGCCCGCCAAAAAGGAAAAAAAAGAAGGGGAAAAAACUGGUUUUUUGAAAAUUUAAAAUGGGGUGGAAAUAAGGGGGGCCCAAAACAAAAAAUGGUUUUUAUACCCCCUUUUAAGAAAAAAAGGGGGCUUAAACUUCAAAGGGUUUUCCCACCCCAAUGGAAACCCUUUUGAAAAACAAAUUUUUUGGGGGGUUUCCUGGGCAACCCCCGGGGUUUACAUCCCCCCAAAAGGGGGUUUUUUUUGGGGGGACAGCCUAGGAAAACCGGACCUUUUUUUAAGAAAGGAUUCCUUUGGGGGGGUUUUUUUGGUUUUGGGGAAAUUGUAAAAAGUUUGGAAAAGAAGAAAAUUUUUUCAAUGGCCCCCUUGGGGGGAAAUUUUAUAAAAAAUUUUUAAAAGUUUAAUGGUUUUAUUUUUCCCUUUCACGGAAGCGGGUUUUAGAAAAAAAGCCCAAAGCUUAAAGUUUAAACCCCCGUUUUUACAGGGAUGGGCUUUGGAAAAAUGGAAUUGCAAAUUAAGAUUCUUUGUUUCCCCAAACAGCGGGUUUGGGUUUUGGGGUUUUUAAAAAAAUUUAGGCAAAUUAACCUAUAACAGCCAAUUUCUUUUGGGAAAAUCCCAAAAAAUUUUUAAAAAUUUGACGGGCCCCCCGGGGCGCCCCGGGAACCGGGGGGGACCGAGGCCUUUUCCCCGGCCCGGCCAUGGGGUUUUUAAAAUAUGGGUAAGUUUUUUUGGUUCCCCCUCUUUCAAUUACUACCCCCCCGGGGGUUCUUUUUUUUUGGUACUGUUAUUUGAUUUUGAAAGGGGGGAACUUUAACCCCAAUUUAGGGGGAAAAGUGGUUCUUUUUCCCCCCAAUUUUUUUUUAACCCAAAAAUUAAUUUUUUAAAACCAAAGGGUUACCAGGACAGGAAAAUGUUCCAACUCACGCACUUAUCAAAAGAACAUCCCUAGUCAUCCCUGCUGCCUUUGAUCUGGCGGACUCACUAAACACAAAUGCUUUGUUUGUAAAUUAUGUUUGAGUAUUGGAGUGUGCCCCUGGCUAUCCGUAAAUUAAAAUAACAACAAAAUUGUGCCGUCUGGUUGCUUAAUAUAAGGAAUGUGAAAUGAUUUACUUUUACUUUUGAUACUUAAGUAUAUUUAGUAAUUACAUCUACUUUUGAUACUUACGUUUCUAUUAAGGGACUUUUACUUUUACUCAAGUAUGACAGUUAGGUACUUUUUCAACCAUGUGCAACAUGAACUUUAAAACGAACCUGUUUCUCCUAUUCUUAAUUUCCAAACCACAUUAAUUAGUAUUAUCUCACCUUGUACUCUUUUCACAGAACAGUAUCUGGUGCUACUAUCACAAUUACCCCAAACCCACCAAUCAUCGAGUGGGGCUCUGUCACCUUAACCUGUGAUGCUGCUGGCUUCAACAUCACCAGAGAGUGGAUGAAUGAUGGUCAGCCUCUGUCUUCUGGUGAUAAUAUCAUCUUAUCUGAGGAUAAGAGAGUGCUGUCCAUAAAGAAGAAGACAGACAGUGGAGAAUACCUGUGUAGAGUCAGCAACCCUGUCAGCUCUGAAAAUGCCAGUGACACUGUGAAUGUAAUCUGUAAGUACUUCCCUAUAAACCUGGGGAUAAAUGUACCAGAUAAAUGUACCAGGUAAAUGUACCAACUGUACCAUCAACAGGUUUCACAUGAAAAUAAUAUAACAAUGAAUGAACACACACUUUACACCAACCAUUAUGACUCCAAUGUCACACUGAUUACAAACUAAUAAACUUGUAGCUAUGACUAACUGGUGAUCGCUGUGUUACAGAUGGACCUGAUGGUAUGGAAUCAAGGGUCCAACUGAAAUAGAACUAGGACAGAAGUUAACAUUGACCUGCUCUGCUGACUCCAACCCCCUGCUAGUUACAUCUGGAUCCCUCAAUGGAACAGAGAUACCUGGACAUUCACCUGAGUUCCCUAAGAGAAGAGUGAAUACUCUGACAGUGGGGAUUACACCUGUACAGCAACAAAUGAUGUCACUGGGAACAACACAUCUGAGGUCCCAUAAACUGUCCGUAAAAGGUAAAGUAACAGAAUCUUUAAGACAAUAUGAACAUAGUAAGAGAUAAAAGUACAUUUACAUUUAGCCAUUUAGCAGACACUCUUAUCCAGAGCGACUUACAAUUAGUGCAUUAAGAAAGCUAUGUGGGAUAACCAAAUAUCUCAGUAUGUAAGUACAUUUUUCUCAAUAAAGUAACUAUCAAAAAAGUCAGUGUUAGUAGAAAAAAAAAGUUAUACUUAUGAAGUUUUGCAUUCCAAACUUGUUUUGAAAUAGUGCCUUUAGUUGUGUUUAUUGUGUUGUCACCCAGAUGCACUGUAAUGUGCAGUACUGAUUGUUCAUUGUGUGUACCCUUUUCUCUAAUCUGUGUAUGGUUCUAUCUCUGGUCUCUGCAGCGGAUGGCUCCCCUAACUCCAGGACUGUCUGCUGGUGCCAUCACUGGGAUUGUGAUUUUAGUGUUGCUGGUUCUGGAAGUGGCAGUUAGUGUUGGCAGUCUAUUUCAUCAAGAAAAAGGG